GUUCUCUACCGUCAUCGUCGUUUUAUACCCAUGAGUUUCCAAGACAUAGAGGCGGGGCUCGCCACCCCCGCCAACUCUCACUCCAUACCCCAGUCACAAGAAGAGUCAGCUUUCCUUAGUCUGCAGUCGUCGCUGUCGCUGCAAGUCUUCAAGAUCAACGCCAAUGUGCAAGGUAUCCUGAAGCUGGUGGACCAGCUUGGGACGAACCGGGACUCCGCUCAGCUGCGCAAGUCUCUCCAUGACCUGACCGAGACCACCCGUGCUAUGGCCAAGCGUGGUUCCGACGAUCUGAAGAAGCUUGCAGCGUUGCAGGCCACACUGCCCAAACACAAGACUUCCUUGCAAAAAACCUCCCAUGACUUCCAGAUGUCCCUUGUCGCCUUUCAACGCGCUCAACAGGUCAGCGCCGAACGUCAGCGCACGGUAGUGGAGACAGUGAAACAUGCCGUGGAAGAAGAUCAUGCUGCUGAGGAGCGGCCUACAAGUCCUACUUCGUCUCAGUACCAAGCACAGGCGCUGCAGAAUCAACUGUCACCCCAGGAGUUAGCCCACCAGGAAUCCUUGAUUCAGGAGCGAGAAACCGAAAUACGAGAGAUUGAGACCGGUAUCCAUGAGCUGCAUGAGAUAUUUCGCGACCUCGGGACGCUGGUACAGGAGCAAGGGAACAUGCUCGAUAAUAUUGAGUCUAACAUUUCAUCUAUCGCUGUCGACACCGCCGGUGCUGCCGAGGAGCUGACCACAGCACACGAGUAUCAGCGGAAGGCUGGGCGCAGGGCGAUAUGUCUGAUGUUCGUUCUCAUCGUCGUGGUUGCUGUGGUCCUCUUAGCAAUUUUAUCAUGACACCUGUCUCGAUUGGCUCUGCGAGCUUUGGAUGUGUUAUGGACAACCAAUCUGCCACUUCCUCCAUUAUGCCUAUGUAUAUCGUAUGUACUACCCAAUUUCGCGUUCGGGAUAUCUUACGUCACCUCUAGUUAUA